AUGAAAUUCAACACAGCAUUAUGUCUGGAUUGGCUCACGCCCCAUCGCCUCCGUCCGCACCCAAGGGACUCUGAUGCACAAGUGUCUUCCAUUUUGAACCCUGAGAACGCGAGCAUCAAGCACUCAGACCCCUCGCCUGACCUGCCUCUUUUGCCUGCUGACCCCGCGGCGUGCCUGAAGGAGAUGAAGUGGCUGUACAAGGAGGAGCGCCCCCUGCCCGAGCGCGUGGCCGAGUGCAGGAGAAUCAGAACCAAGUACCCCGAGCGCCUCCCUGUGAUCGUCGAGCGGGCGGCCAAGACCCACGUCUCGGAUCCGGGCCAGAAGAAGUUCCUAGUGCCCAGGGACUUCACGCUCGGUCAGUUCUACUACAUCGUCAGGAGGCGCGUCCAGUUGGAGCCCGAGGACGCCCUCUUCCUCCUGAUCGGCAGGAAGAUCCCGCCGGCGUCCGCUCUGAUGGGCGAGCUGUACGAAAUGCACCGGGACUCUCAGGACGGCUUCCUCUACGUGGCCAUCGCCGACGAAAGCAUAUACGGCGGGGAGGGAGGUGGCCUUGCAUGCUGA